GCACCUGCAUAUCAGUCUGCAUCCCUUCACACUGUCCUCCAGUAUCAUACAGCGGUGUGUAUCCAGCGGAUGUCUCAUUAAUCCUGCUAUAUAGAUUCAUUUUGGGAGGUUAACAUGCUGAGUACCGUCUUUAAACAAAUGAAAAGCCAUCCGGCUUUAAUCCCUCUGUUUGUCUUCAUUGGUGGUGGAGCGACCAUGUCUAUGCUUUACCUGUGUCGCCUCGCAUUAAAGAGUCCUGACUGCUCAUGGGAUCGCAAGAACAACCCAGAGCCUUGGACAAAAUUGGGGCCAAAUGACCAGUACAAGCUCUUUAAAGUGAACAUGGACUACUCAAAACUGAAGAAGGACAGACCUGACUUUUAAACGUUUGCUCUCCUGGAUGUCUAUUUAAUACAUACAGAGAAAUCUCCGUCAUUAAAGAACAGAAAUUGAACAUAAACCCUUAAAAACUGUACAGUUACAAAUAUAUAUAAAUCUUUAUCUUAUAAUUUUUCACCCUAUUUAUAAUAUUUACUGUACUGUCAUUAAAUCUGUUCGAAUUUUCCUGUUAUCCAAAUAAAGAAAACAGACAGCAAUAA